GGCGCCGCUUAUAUAAGAUGUUGAUCAUCCGGGGUUUCCUCAGUUUGUGACGGACCAGCGACCAGUGCACUGCUCCGUCUGACCAUGAGAACACACACACUCCUAUCGGCUGUCCUGGCUGUGAGCUUAAUCUCCUGCUCUCUCUCCGCCCCCAACGCUUCCUACGGAAACCUCUUUAAGAGAAUUAUCCAGAAGCGUAGUGCUCAGCUACCAGGAUACGGACAGGCAGCUGCCUCCGCCAGCUCUUCAUACGGCGGAGCCCAACAGGACAGCUGUACUACAGUUUACGAACAGGAGUGCAACACUGUUAACGAACAGCAGUGUAAUACAGUACAAGAGCAGCAGUGCCGUGCCACCACCAGACAGGAGUGCAGCACUGUAAACGAACAGCAGUGCAACACUGUACAGAAGCAGGAAUGCAGCACUGUAAACGAACAGCAGUGCAAUACUGUAAAUGAGCAGCAAUGCAACACAGUUAAUGAACAGCAGUGCAACACUGUUACAGACACUGUCAACGAACAGCAAUGUAACACUGUGCAAGAACAGCAAUGCCGUCCUACCACAAGACAGGAGUGCAAUACUGUAAAUGAACAGAAGUGCGAAACCAAAUAUGAUACAGUAAAUGAACAGCAGUGUAACACAGUUCAGGAGCAGCAAUGUAAUACCGUCAACAAACAGGAAUGUAACACAGUCAAUGAACAGGUCUGCAAUACUGUUCAGGAACAGCAGUGCAGAACUGUCACAGAUACUGUCAACGAACAGAAGUGCAAUACUGUUAACGAACAGCAAUGCAACACCGUACAGGAAGAGGAAUGCUCUACCGUUAAUGAACAGCAAUGUAACACAGUUCAAGAACAGCAGUGCUCCACUGUUAAUGAGGAGCAAUGUAAUACUGUAAACGAGCAGCAGUGCAAUACCAUCCAGGAGCAGAAGUGUGAAACCCAGUACAUGACCAAGUAUGAGGAACAGUGCAGUACAGUACAGGAGCAGCAGUGCAAUACUGUCCAAGAGCAGGUAUGUAACACAGUUAACGAGGAAGUGUGCAACACAGUGCAAGAGCAGGAGUGCAAUACAGUUCAGGAACAGCAGUGCCGGACUGUCACCGACACCGUCAAUGAGGAAAAGUGCACUACAGUCCAGGAACAGCAGUGUUCCACAGUCAACGAACAGGUUUGCAACACUGUCAAUGAGCAAGUAUGUAACACUGUCCAAGAACAGCAAUGCCGCACCGUCCAAGACACUGUUAAUGAACAACAAUGCGACACCGUAAAUGAACAGGUUUGCAACACUGUCUACGACGAGGUUUGUGACAGCGCUCAGCCCACUUAUGGUGGAUCUGGUGGAUCUGGAGGCUCCGGAGGAUUCGGAGGAUUUGGAGGAGAUGCUCGUGGAGCAGGAUCAGCUUCUUCAGGAUAUGGAGCAGCUGCUGCCCCAGCUUGUAGACAGGUCCCAAGACAGGAGUGCACCAAUGUUCCAAGGCAACAAUGCAGAAAUGUUCCCAGACAGGUGCCCAGACAAGAAUGCAGCAAUGUUCCAAGGCAAGAAUGCAAAAAUGUUCCCAGACAAGCAUGCAACAAUGUCCCCAGGCAACAAUGUACCAAUGUUCCCAGGCAACAAUGCAACAAUGUUCCGCGCCAGGUUCAAAGACAAGAGUGCUCUAAUGUUCCAAGACAGGAAUGCAGAAAUGUACCAAGGCAAGUGUGCAACAAUGUUCCAAGACAGGCAUGUUCUAAUGUUCCUAGACAAGAAUGCAGAAGUGUUCCCAGGCAACAGUGCGAACAGGUUCCCAGGAGGGUUGAGGAACAGGUCUGCAAUAAUAUCCCAAGAGAAGUGUGCAACAAUGUUCCCAGGCAAGAGUGCAGAAGUGUUCCCAGACAACAGUGUCAGAACGUCCCAAGACAAGAAUGCAGAAGUGUUCCCAGGCAAGAGUGUCGCAGUGUUCCUAGACAACAGUGCCAGACUGUUCCCAGGCAGGAAUGCCAGAAUGUUCCCAGACAAGUCAACAGAGAAGAGUGCUCAAACGUUCCCAGACAGCAAUGUAACAACGUUCCCAGACAAGAAUGCAGAAAUGUUCCCAAGGAGGAAUGCAGAUCUGUUCCCAGACAGCAGUGCCAAAAUGUUUCCAGACAGGUUGCCAAGGAAGAGUGCAGAAACAUUCCCAGACAACAGUGCCGUUCAGUUCCUGAUCAGGAGUGUUCAACGGUUCCAAGACAGCAAUGUCAGAAUGUUCCCAGACAGGUCGCAAGACAGGAGUGCAAGAAUGUUCCACGACAGCAGUGCCAGAAUGUUCCAAGAGAGCAGUGCCAGAGUGUUCCCAGGCAGCAGUGUCGUAAUGUUCCCAGCCAAGAGUGUAAGAAUGUUCCAAGACAGCAGUGUCGCAGUGUUCCCGAUCAGGAGUGUUCCAGUGUUCCUCGACAGGAGUGCAAGAAUGUUCCACGUCAGCAGUGCCAGCAGGUCCCUAGACAACAGUGCUCAGCUGCUCAGCCCACAUAUGGCAGAUAAUUCCCAAAUCUUUUCUCAGAUCUGUCAUUUUCCUUAUCUUCUAUCAGAUUAUCACUCCAACCUUUUACAAUUUUCUAUUUUUAAAACCAUCC